AUGUUGUUGUCCGUGUUGCCCUGGCUCUUCCCGUCGGCGCUGGCCGCUCAACCAUCCGCGCCCAACCCUAUCCCCGCUCCUCUACGUGAUCUUGAGUUUGGCCAAAUUAAUUUUCUUCAUACUACUGAUACCCAUGGCUGGCUGGCCGGUCAUCUACAGGAACCAUCCUAUUCCGCCGACUGGGGAGACUAUAUCUCUUUCACGACACGAAUGCGGGAAAAGGUUGAAGCGCAAGGUCAAGACUUACUGGUCAUAGAUACAGGUGAUCGGGUUGAGGGAAAUGGUCUCUAUGAUUCAUCCCAACCUAAGGGAAUCUAUCUCUCGGAGAUAAUCCGUCAUCAACACAUCGACGUGUUAACCUCGGGAAACCAUGAACUAUACCAACACAACACAUCCAAUAAUGAGCUGCUGACGACCGUACCAAACUUCCGAGGACAUUACCUCUCAUCAAACAUCGAUAUCUAUCACCCCAUAACCCAUGAGCUGGUUCCACUCGCCCCACGUUACAAGAAAUUCACCACUAAGGUGCAAGGGAUCCGCAUCGUAGCAUUUGGCUUCCUCUUUAAUUUCAACGGGAAUUACAAUAAUACCGUUGUCCAACCAGUGGAGGAUACCAUUCAGGAAGCCUGGUUCCAGGAAGCGAUCCAGGAUAAAGAUGUGGAUCUCUUUUUAGUCGCCGGGCAUGUCCCGGCUCAUUCACCGGAGUACCGAGCGAUCUUCAGAGCGAUCCGCAAGAUCCACUGGGCCACACCCAUUCAGUUUUUCGCUGGACACCAACACAUCCGCGAUUAUGCGCAAUAUGACUCCAAGGCUGUGGCCCUGGCCAGUGGCCGAUUCAUGGAGACCAUCGGGUUCAUGUCCAUUGAUGGUCUCUCCACCAACUCAUCAGCGGCUACGGGCCCCGUGUUCAAGCGACGGUACAUAGAUAACAACCUUUACUCUUUCUACCAUCAUACUGGACUGGAUGAAGAUUCAUUCCCUACUGAGAAGGGUCUUGAAGUGUCCAAGAUGAUUACUGAGGCACGGAGUGCUCUUAAUCUGGAUAAAGUCUAUGGCUGUGCACCUCGCGAUCUAUGGAUGUCGCGUGUGCCAUACCCACAUCCAGACAGUAUCUAUACUUGGCUAGAGACCGAAGUGCUGGCUACUUCAUUGAAAGAUGAUUGUCGCCGUACUAUCCCUGCCGUUGCCAUUUUGAACACUGGUGGGAUUCGCUUCGAUAUCUUCAAGGGCCAAUUUACCCAUGACAGCGCCUUCAUCAUAUCCCCUUUCACAAACGACUUCCACUAUGUGAAGGACGUUCCUUAUGACAAAGUCCAACUUAUCAUGGAGGUACUAAACAAGCAGACAAAGAUCUUGGGGGUUUCCCAUAACAAGGACCUCUCCAUGAGCGAUCUUGCAUCCCCUGAUCAACAGAACAUUGCAAAGCAGAACCUGGAAAGUCAAUGGCUUUCCACAGAUGCUAGUUCUCGUCAGGUCCCUCUGGUCAAGCGUGGGGAUGCCAACAUAAUCCCUGGGUACACGACCAAAGACGACGCCGGUACAGAUGGAGACGAUACCAUUCAUUCACCCAUCAGUGCCUAUCAAGUACCUAACUGCAUUCAGGCACUCCUGUCCACCAACGAAACAACAGCACCGGAGACGGUUGACUUGGUCUACAUUAACUUCCUUGAACCCUUCCUGGUGUUAGCUGCCAAGUAUGCUGGUCUUGGUGUCGAUUUCGGCAAGGAUAGCGAGGUCUAUAUGCCCAACACUACUAUGUCAGACCUGAUUCUAGACUACGUUGAGCAGAAUUGGAAGUGCGAGUAA